AAGUGUGGCGUCCAUAAAAAUAUCGUUUUUGAACGCGACCGACGAGCCGCUAAAAUGUACCAAGACAGGGAAGGGUCCAUCUCUUCUAAAAUAGAGAAGAACAAAUUCGAGGCGUCGAUAAGUGAACUGAAGAAGAAAUCGUUUGUAACCGCUGCGGACUUGGAGAGUUUCGCGGACAAUGACCUGACUCCCGAGUACUUCUCAGCUUACCGAAGGUCCCUAGAAGACCCUGAAGCAUUCUGGUCAGAUGUCGGCAAGGAGCUGGAAUGGACCAGGCCGUGGGAUCAAGUGCUGGAUGACAGUAACCCGCCAUUUACGAAGUGGUUUGUCGGCGGUGAGAUGUCAGUAUGUUAUAACGCAGUGGAUAGACAUGUAGCGAAUGGAAGGGGAGACCAGGUCGCGUUGGUGCACGACUCCCCCUUGACAGACACAGUCAAGCGGAUCACAUAUUCUGAGUUGCAGAAUCAGGUAUCCCGCUUGGCUGGCAAGCUAGCUUCCUUGGGAGUGACGCGUGGGUCCCGUGUGGUGAUUUACAUGCCACUAAUUCCAGAAGCUGUUAUCGCCAUGUUAGCCACUAACAGGGUUGGUGGCAUACACUCCGUCGUAUUUGGGGGUUUUGCAGCCAGAGAAUUAAGAACAAGAAUAGAACACGCAGAACCUACAGUUAUUAUUGCCGCUAGUUGUGGUGUGGAACCCAACAAGAUUGUCAGAUACAAGGACAUCUUAGACGAAGCGCUCUGCCAAAGCUCACACCAGCCUCGCAGCUGCAUCAUAUACCAAAGAAGACGAGUUCUCGAAUGUCCUCUGGAAAAAGACAGGGAUAUCUGCUGGGAGGAAGCUAUGGAGAGUGAACCUGUACCCUGCGUGCCUUUGGAGGCCAAUGAACCUUUGUACAUUUUAUACACAUCAGGUACAACAGACGACCCAAAAGGAUUGCAGCGACCCUGUGGCCAUGCAGCCACCGUCUGCUGGUCUAUGCACUCAAUCUAUGGUCUUAAACGUGGGGUCUGGUGGGCGGCAUCAGACCUUGGGUGGGUCGUAGGACACUCCUACAUCUGCUACGGACCCCUUCUGGCUGGUCUGACUUCAGUGCUAUAUGAAGGCAAACCAGAUAGAACCCCAGAUCCUGGGCAAUAUUUUAGGAUAAUAGAACAGCACCGGGUCAACGCCCUAUUCACGAUCCCUACAGUGUGUAGAGUGCUGAAGCGAACUGACCCGAACGGGAAGUACGCAAGGAGGUACUGCGUUAAAUCCUUGAAGACUGUAUUUGUGGCUGGUGAACACUGUGAUCAAGAAACUAGGCAUUGGGCAGAACGCAUCUUCGGGGUGCCUGUUUUGAAUCACUGGUGGCAGUCAGAGUCAGGAUCCCCAAUCACAGCGGCCUGUCUUGGAUAUGGGGUCAAUGCGAUUAGACCCCAUUCUGCAGGAUAUCCUGUGCCAGGAUAUGAUUUGAGAGUGCUCAGAGAAGAUGGUUCAGAGUGUCAAUCGGGGGAGGUCGGCCGAUUAGUGUCCAAGCUACCUUUGCCUCCUGGCUUCUCUUCAACUUUAUGGAAGUCUGAUGAGAGAUUCCAGAAAGUAUACUUCGAAAAUUAUCCAGGUUUCUACGACACACAAGACGUAGGCUGGAUCAGUGCAGAAGGCGCAGUAUGGGUAGUUGCUCGAGCUGAUGACGUCAUCAACGUGGCCGGUCACCGGCUCUCGACGGCGGCGAUAGAGGACGUGGUACUGAAACAUGCAAGAGUCGCUGACGCGGUGGUGGUCGGCGCACCGGACCCUACGAAGGGGGAUGUGCCUUUAUGCUUGUAUGUGAUGCGGCCGCCGCAGGAUGACGAAGAAAUUGUAGCUGAGGACACAGUAACGCAAGAGCUGAUUGCCCUUGUCCGUCACCUCAUUGGGCCAAUCGCGGCUUUCAGGAAAGCGAUCGCAGUUCCCGCGCUUCCGCGCACCCGUUCCGGCAAAGCCCUCCGCGGCGCCAUUGCAAAAAUGGCGCGUUCACAACGCAUCAAACUUCCCGCCACAAUAGAAGAUGCUUCAGUGUUUCCAGAAAUAAAAAUCGCCUUACAAAAAUGUGGUUAUGCCAUUGAUGCACCCGAUCCCGAAUAUUAAAUUUAGUUUCCAUUUAGUUUUGUAAUAAAGGUACAAUGACUAAAAAUUAUAAAAAAAAUGAAUAAAAUGAUACGCAAUUUUUUUUUUGUAUGUGUACGUUGAUUACGCAUGACGUAUUUAUUUUUGGGGUUUAAGUAAAAUUAACGUGAUGUUCUAUAAAAAGCAACAUUGUAAUUGUAAAUUAAUUUUAAUGUAAAUAAUUGUUAAGUGAUAUAUU